UUUUUGAAUUUUUAGGAAAUAAAAUUUAUGUCUGGCAACAUAUGUGCUUGAUUUAUUCACUGGUAUCUGGUACAAUUCCGUUGCCUGAUCCUGGAGGAGUAUAAUUAUUUACUCUGCUGGAGGAGUAUAAGUACUUCCAUCUCCUGUUGCCGGAGUUCCAACACUUCCACCUCCUGUUGCUGGACUUCCAACACUUCCGCUUCCUGUUGCUGGACUUCUACCAACUCCAUCUCCUGUAGCUGGACUUCCAACACUUCCGCUUCCUGUAGCUGGACUUCCAACAUUUCCGCUUCCUGUUGCUGGACUUCCAACACUUCCGUCUCCUGUUGUUGGAGUUCCAGUUACUCCGUCUCCUGUAGCUGGAGCUCCAUAACUCCCGCCUCCUGUUGCUGGACUUCUACCAACUCCAUCUCCUGUAGCUGGAGCUCCAUAACUUCCGUCUCCUGUUGAUGGAGUUCCAGUAUCUCCAUCUCCUGUUGGUAUAGCUCCAGUACUUCCGUCUCCUGUUGCUGGAGUUCCUGUAUCUCCGUCUCCUGUUGGUAUAGCUCCAGAACUUCCGUCUCCUGUUGCUGGAGUUCCAGUAUCUCCGUCUCCUGUUGGUAUAGCUCCAGUACUUCCGUCUCCUGUAGGUGGAGUAUAAGUAUUUCCUGUUCCUGGAGGAGUAUAAGUACCAGUGGUUCCUGACCCAUCUCCUUGACCAACUCUAAUUCUGAAGGCGCUACUAGCCACCAACAACAGAGCUAUAACUGCAAUUAAAUAUCUAUUCA